ACAGUGCCGGCGAUGCGUCGGUCCACGGCGGCUGCCUUCAUCUGCACAGCGGUUCUGCAUCUAGUGACGGUACAGGGAGACACGCUAGCCGAUAUCGGCCAGCUCCUGCCGCCCUGGAUCACCGGCAACCUCGAGGAACUGGUCCGCGCCGCUUCCGAUUCCUGUGAGGUUCUACCGCUCGACGUAUUAUUCUCGAAAGUAUACGGUCCGGACAUCGACGUAGUAGAGUUUCGACGACAUAAACGCAAGAGCUUCAGUCUAUCCAAGGCUCAUUUGCAUCUGAGAGACCGUCUGCCUCAGACGCUAGUCAUCUAUGUCCCCGGCUGGUGGAAUACACCAACCGACGAGUCCUCCAAGACCUUGGUCAAAGCUCUACUUAACAAGAACCCGUCUGUCUUAGUCCUGGAUACGAGACUUAUCUUCUGCAAAGGUUACGUUGCUUCCACAGCCGGCGUCAAUGGUCUAGCUCUCCGUUUGUACAAGUUUAUUAAGAAUAUGACCAACGAUGGGCUUCCACUAUCAUCAGUACACUUGAUAGGUUUUAGUUUAGGGGCUCACGUAGUGGCGAUAACAGGGAAGUUAGUCCAAAAACAUCUGCAUCGGAAAUUAGAUAAGAUUACUGCUCUUGAUCCAGCACGACCAUGUUUUUCCCGCCAGUCGGAGUAUAGACUCGAAAAAAGUGAUGCUAAGUUUGUUCUAGUAAUUCACACCAAUGCUGGGGUGUUAGGUCUGGAGCAACCCUUAGGUCAUGUAGACGUGUAUGCCAAUGGGGUGUUAACAAAGCAGCCUGAGUGUCAAGACAGAAGUAUCUCUUUGCAAUGCGACCACGCACAAGCCUGGCGUUUGUUUGCCGCCUCCGUGAUUGAUGACCACGUGUUGGUUGGGCGGCGUUGUAAGAGUUGGGAGGAACUGAACAGCGGACAGUGUAGUGGGAAUGAAACUGUGGUCGGGUACUCCUGCAACACGAAUACCCGAGGCAUGUUCUUGUACAAAUCUCCUGUGGAGAAGAAGGAACCGGAGCUAAGAGUGUUUAAUCCACUGGAUCUGUUCACGUGGUGGAUUCAAUAAUACUACGCCAUGCUGAGAUAAUUUUGCAGCUUUCUUUCAGACACGACAACUGAGAGAGAGAAAUAUUGCCAAUGAUCAUCAUCCACAUAGAUCUUAGAUUUCAGUACAAGAAGUAAACACUUAUUGAGUUUUGGAUCAAGGGCCAAAAAAUUUCAAUAAUCUCAUCUUGUAGUGUCUUUGUUGGGGUAUAAUUCUAUGCUGUAUAUGUAUACAUAUUAUAGAGCAUAAGAGGCAAUAUGAAUAAGAAUCAAUUAUUAAAAUAUAUUGAAUAUCUCAAUAACAUAAAUGUGGUUAAAGUUAUCUUGUUUACAUUGCCUUACAUAGAGGGGUGGCCACAGGAAAAUAAACUAAGACAUAAUUUAAAUUUAAUGAUGCAUAACUUGACAUGUAACAAUAACUUAAAUUUGACAUUUAAUUGUAAGAAUAAUAAUGAUAAAUUUCAUUUGAUUGAUAUUAAUAGUUUAACUAAGAAGUUUUUGACAAGAGAUAGGUAUUACCUAUCAAAGUAAAAGAAAAGUUUAAGACUGGUAGCAAAUAUGCUAUCUUAUUAUUUAUAUUUUAACUCAGCCAAUGAUUUGGCUACCUUGACACCUGCUUCUUUUGAGCAACAAAAUAAUUUUACAUUUGAUUUGGAACCAGUUCCAAGUAAUUUAAAUUAGAUAAUAAGACAAUAGAGGUAAUCUCUAGCAAAGAUAAUUUAAAUAGCUUCGAAUGCAACUUACCAAUACAAAAUUAUGCAAUUUCACAUAAUAACAAUAAUAAAAACUGUAUCAACCUGGUGCAUCAAAAUAUACAAGGUAUGUUAGGCAAAGAAUUAGAAAUUGAAUUAUUUUUAAAUAGUAACAGUAUACAUAUUUUAUGUAUUACAGAACAUUGGUUGAAAGAUUACAACUCCAUAUUUAAUAUCAGUAAUCACCAGGUGGUCAGUUUGUUCAAUAGAGAUACUAAAUUACGAGGUGGCUCCUUAAUAUUAGCUAAUAAGUCCUUAUCAUGUAAAGAACGUAAAGACAUUGUGAGCCUCUUUGUUGAGCGUACUGUAGAAAUGGCAUGUGUUGAGCUUGAGCACCUUAUUGUUGUCAGUGUUUACAGACCCCCAUGUUCAAGUUAUGAUACUUUUGAAAAAAUUAUGGAAGAAGUUUUAGUUAAGCUUAAUAAACAGAAUAAAUCUCUUGUAGUGUGUGGAGACUUUAAUAUCAAUCUCCUGGAAACUUCUUCCAUCAGUAUUAAAUAUUGUUCUUUGUUCAAAUCCUAUAAUCUUAAUAAUUUAUUAUUUGAAGCUACACGUAUUGCAGGGUGUAGUGCAACUUGUAUUGAUAAUAUUUUUACAGGUGUUGUACCAAUCAACAAAUCAAUAAUUCAAAAACUUAGUUCAGAUCACUGUGGAUAACUGGUUUCGUUACCUUAUAUGCACAAAAAACAGGUAAUUGAGAAAAUUGUGUUUGUUCCUAUUAAUGCAAAACGCCUGGAGAGAUUUAGAAGUAAUAUGGUAAAAAAUCUUCCAUCCCUUUCUUAUAAGAACAGUGCAGAUUAUUUAUAUAGAGAAUUAUUUACCCUUAUAAACAAUGAAUUUAAUAAAACAUUCACUUCUAAAACAUUCUCCAGAAACAGUCGCAAGGCAUUUAAUGAGUGGGCGACAGUAGGAAUUCAUAAAAGCAGACGAAGGUUAUAUGACCUUUACCAUGAAAGAUCGUAUAAUCUUUCCGAUGCUUUUAAAGAAUAUGUAAAAAAUUAUUCUAAAAUGUUUAAAAGAGUUUGCUCCACAGCCAAAUCAUUACAUAUUAGUAACAAAAUUAAGACGGCUAAGAAUAAAAUUAAAAUGACGUGGAGUAUAAUUAACAGCGAAAUCGGUAAAGAGAAACCUCGUAACUCAAACUAUCAAUUAAAAAUUAAUAAUGAAUUGACUAAAUCAAAUCAAGAAGUUGCAGCGGUGUUUGAGAAAUAUUUCACUGAUGUUCCUAUCUUGACAACUGAGUCAUUGAAUGCUUCUCCAACUGUCGCCGAAUCAUUACUUAAACAGUAUGUUAAUACCUGUUUAAAAGAAUUUAGAUUUGAAAAAGUAUUACCGCAUAAUAUUGUAAAAUACUUCAAAACCAUUGAUGUAAAGAAAACCGCAGAUUUGUGGGGGAUUUCCGUUACGGUGAUUGCGUCUAUAAUAGAUUUAUUUGCACCUCAUCUUGCUAUUAUUGUUAAUACUUGUAUCUAUUCUGGUGUGUUUCCUGAUUUAAUGAAGUAUAGUAAAGUAAUACCUUUAUUUAAAUCUGGUAGUACAUUGGACCCCGCUAAUUAUAGACCUAUUUCUGUACUACCAAAAACCCAGUAAAAUUUUUGAAAAAAUUAGUUUGGAUCAAUUGUUAAUUUUUUUAAUACAAAUAAAUUACUUCAUAAAAAUCAAUUUGGUUUUACAAGGGGUCGCUCGACGUCUGACGCUGGUGUUGAGCUUAUGAAAUAUAUUUUUAAUGCCUGGGAGAAUUCACAAUAUGCCUUAGGUAUUUUCUGUGACCUUUCCAAGGCUUUCGAUUGUGUACAUCAUGAGAAAUUAAUCAGGAACCUACAACAUUACGGUGUAAAAAAAUUGGCGCUUAGGCUUAUUACUUCAUAUUUAAGUAACAGAACUCAAAAAGUCGUCAUCAAUGGUAAAUGUUCCUCCGGAUCGGUAGUAUCAAUGGGCGUUCCUCAGGGCUCGAUUCUUGGCCCAUUCCUGUUCUUAAUCUAUAUUAAUGACUUACCUUAUCUUGUAGGGGACAAUCACGAUAUAGUAUUAUUUGCUGACGAUACCUCUUUAAUUUUCAAACUGAAACGGCAGUCAAUUAAAUAUGACGAUGUAGAUAAUGCUCUAUCGAAACUAGUACAUUGGUUUAACGCCAACAACUUGCUCUUAAACGGCAAUAAGACAAAAUGUAUUAAAUUUACAAUACCUAAUGUAAAACAUUCGAAAACGAAAAGUUGAGUCUUGUGGAUACCACUGUUUUUCUUGCUAUUACUAUUGACGCGAAACAUCAAUGGCACCCCCAUAUAUAUAAAUUAGCAAGCAGACUUAGUUUUGCAGCAUAUGCUGUAAGAAAGAUUAGAAGUCUCACAGAUGUUGAGACAGCUAGGUUAGUGUAUUUUAGUUACUUUCAUAGCGUAAUGUCUUAUGGAAUUUUGCUAUGGGGUAAUGCGACUGAUAUUGAAGCUAUAUUUGUUUUGCAAAAGAGAGCCGUACGAGCGAUUUAUAAUCUAAAUUGUAAAGAGUCCCUCGGAGAAAAAUUUAAAGAAAUAAACAUAUUAACUUUGGCAUCGCAAUAUAUUUAUGAAAAUGUAAUGUAUGUACAUAAAAACUUAAAAAAUAGUUUUAAUAAGAAUAAGGAUGUUCAUACCUUAAACACUAGGAACAAAUAUAAGCUUGUAAUGCCAGUUACUACACUCCACAGAAUUAGUAAUUCAUUUAUGGGGCAAUGUAUACGCUUUUACAACAAAAUCCCAGAACAUGUUCAAAGUUUGUCAAUAAACAAGUUUAAAAGUUUUACGAAAGAAAAACUGUACAAAAAGUGUUAUUAUAAUAUCAAGGAAUACGUGAAUGAAAAUAACCCCUGGGAAUAAGGUGAUCGCCACCAUGCUGGUUCUAUGAAAAUUCAUUUAAAAUAGUAUAAACAAAAUUAUUGUUAAGUGAAAUUAUGUUUAAAAAAAAGUCCCGCUGGGUUUCUUGCUAGUUCUACCCAGGACAGAGGUAUUUUCCGAACCAGUGGUAAAUAAAAUAAUGACUUUCAAUAAGUAUUAUGUAAUAAUCCAUAUUGAAUAAAAAUCAUUCUAUUCUAUUCUAUUCUAUACGAUAGCAGGCUGAGAUAAAUAUGAAACCAAAUAUCAAUAAAAUAGUAUAUUUUUUAAUUAAUUACAAUGGCUUCAGUGAAAUAUCAAUAUCCAUGUUCUAGAGGCGCACGUCAUUUGCUCUACAAAAAAUGCAUACAAUGCUGUUCAAAUGUGUCUUUACAAGAUCAUACCAGAUUUUCUGUCGAACACCAGAUAAUAUUUGAAUGUAUCCACCGACUUAAAAUUUGAUUUGAUUAUAAAUUGUAUUUGUUAUGUUUAAUAUAAGUCAAAUAGUCUAUAGUAGGAGAAGGUCUGGUAUCCCCGGACACCUAUUAAAUAAAUUGCAAAAUAACAAUACAAUUAACAAAUUUUCUAUCCUUUUUUCUCUACAUAGUACAAAACAAAGUCGCUUUCCGCCGUCUGUAGGUACGUUUAGAUAUUUUAAACUACGCAACGGAUUUUGAUAGGGUUUUCAUCAAUAGAGAAUAUGGUUCAAGAGAAAGAUUUAUAUAUAUAAAACAUGCAUUAUAUAUGUAGGUACAUGAUUCUUCAGUCCGUAUGUGUGUGUGUGUGUGUGACUGAACUCCUCCUAAACGGCUGGACCGAUUUUAAUGAAAUUUUGUGAGUGUGAUUAAGAUGAUUCGAGAAUGGUUCAGAUUCACAAGUAGACCCGGUAGGUGGCAGUUGUCGAGAUACAGAUAUCACCCGUGCAAAGCCUGGGCGGAUAGCUUGUAUUUUUUAAAACACACUCUUUUGCGUUUAUUUCACUCGGUAUGCGCCACCGCUGAGUGGCACUUGUUUUUAUCCGAUUGUGUGUCUUUUAGAAGAGGGUAAUGUUUUUCGAGAGCAUGUCCGUAUGAAUGUAUGUCUUUUUUGGAAUGUUCUGCAGCCUAAAUGCUUGAUGAAUCUUAUCAUCUAAUAAUAUCGUAUCACCUCAUUAAGUAUAUAUACAUAUGGGUUGUGAUUCGUCCUACAUAUUUGUAGAAGUGAUAUAGGAAACUUUUCUCUUUUCAGUAAACUUUUUUACACAGUCGGAUUUUUUAAUAACUAUUUUAACCUUUGGACUUGCUACUUUAGAGAACGUACAUUAAUAAGUGGCAAAAUUAAAAAGUUUGUACAACCGACUUCAAUAUAAAUAAAAUGAGAACAUCAUCAAUGUAGCCGAAAUCAAUUAAAUACGCAUUACAGAUCUUGAUCAAAUUUAUAUGGGACCACAUGAGAAGUACCAGCUUUCAAUUAAAAAAUGAAUCAUUAAUUCGGAUGGAAAUAUACCUUAUCUCAAUUCCGGUUACCUGCCGUUCGGAGCUACCCGAACUUUCCCUAUGGUACUUAGAUUAAUUUUAGACCUAGAUUUCAUUAUCUGUGAUACUUAUUAAUUAAUAAGCAUUAAUAGUAUUAGUUCAUUUAUAGACUAAAAAAGUGAUUAUUACCUAAUAAAUUCUUGGUGAAUA